AUGACUUGCCGCAAAAAGUCUAAUAUCACUAGACUUGUGGACUCCACCGACCCUCGCGGCUAUGGCAUGUCCCGAUCCGGCGUUUUUCAUCCUUCUCAGAUUGCACCGGCUGCCUCCGAGACUUCCGCUGACUCAGAGCCCUAUGCUGUCCACGGAUGGGCUUCUGGAUGUUCUCCGGCGUUGGAAAAGACCCACAGCGACCCACCUUUCAGCAUGUUCCGAGUUGUUCGGGCCGGCUUUUGA